AUCGACUGCGGCACCGUCGUACCGUUCACGUUCCGCCGUUUGUUGUUGUGUACGAGGCGUCGGACGCACCGUCUGUGUUAUCGUCCAAUUUAUUGGCCGCGUGCUCGUAUCGCGCAAACACCAUUUCGAAUCCCUCGCAGGAACGGGCGGUUUUCCAAUCGAAAUCCGGGUGCGUGAGUAGCGUACGGUGUAACAGGGGACUGCGGACUGAGUGACAUUGUUACCUUGUGUCGUAGUGUGUUAUUGAUUGGGGGCUAAAGGUCGUGUGGGGAAGUGAUCUGACGAGGGGGCCCAUAGACGUAGCAAGGGGGACGCCAGCUAUGGAUAUGUCAUGGAUUUAGCGGAAGCCGUUGAAGAUUUGAUUUGCACAUUCGACGGAACAGGUGACACAACAAUGGAUACCCUCGCCAUGUUCCUGUUCGGGUGGCUGCUGGUCGCCCUCUUCGUCCUGUGGCUCGGCCGCUUCAUCUACGGCCGCUUCGUCGCCAAAACGAACGACAAGAAAGCGAAAAUCGAACCGCCCGUGACGGCCAAACCGACCGACGUCGGCGUCGACACCGUCGACAAGGGCGCGAAGAAGUCCGUGGCGUCGGUUAAGAGCGCGCCCGCCGGCGCGUCGGGCGGCUACGUGCCGCCCACGCCGCCCGUCCGCAAGCGCAUCACGCGCCAGAGUCCGGCGCCCGAGGUGCGCAAGACGAAGUACGUACCGGCGCCCCAGUGCACCGGGCCGGAUAACGUGGUCGUGCUGUGGGUUAACGAUGUGUUCCAAUGGUUGUACAACGAUUUUGUUAUCGUCAACGAGCUGGUCAACGUUUGGAUACAGUCCCUCAACGACUACACCAAGAAGGCCGCCAACGAUCAAGGAAUUGGCGUGGAACUCAUCAGGAUCCUGCCGGAAACUCAUCCGCCAUCUCUUUCGAACUUGUUCGCGGAGGCGGACUCCAAAGACGAUGUGACAAUAACCAUGGACUGCGAAGCCACCCCGGCGUUCCAACUGAAGAGCUUCAGACAAAAGGGCGACAAGGUGGAUACAUCGCACUAUCGCGUGAACGUGAACCGUUUCAGGGCACGCCUGAACAUCUUCUGCGUCUCCGAGAAGCUACAAGCUGAGAUCAAGUGCGAUGGUUGGCCCGAGAUUAAAGUCGCCCUGGCUCCGGUCGGAAACAUCAAGAACAACAUGGACGAGACGCAUCUACAAGAAGUUAUAAGUGACAUUCUGGUAAACGCUAUCAGGAAUACGGAAGUACACUUGAACUUGGCACAGUACCCGACUUGUCCCCGAUUGAUCCGACAUGUCGCCACACAUGGACCCAUACUGCCCGUACAUUACGACAGUAUGUCUAACGCCUACUCCUCAACGCCUAACCACCACGGAGCAAUGACACCGCAACAAAUCCCAGGCGAAAAACGUCUCCUGGUGAAGGUGUUGCGUGCCGCCCAGCUGGGCGCCAACCAAGGCUGCACCGAGCCCUUCUGCGUCGUGGAAAUGGACGAGCCCCCGCAGAAGAACCAGACUUCGGUACAAAAGAACACAGACUCACCUUAUUGGGACGAACAUUUCUUAUUUGACUUGACACCGAACACUGCGGAACUGCUGUUCGAAAUCUACGAUCACGCCGUCAAGCCGCACAAGUUCCUCGGUUUGGGCAUCGUAGGCGUGGAGGAGCUGCUGAUCAAUCCGUCACAAAGGCAGAUCAUCUCGUUGCAGAGCAGGCCGUACGAAAGCGACCCUGUGUCCGGUACUCUUACCGUGGAGUUUAUGUUCAUCGAGGGCGCAGACAUACCCAACAUUGGUGGUGGUCAGCCUUACAAAAUUAAGGAAACAAUUCCUCGUACCCCGUCACCAAACAGGGCGAGGUUGACUACAACUACAACAACGUUCCAAAGUGAUAACUUAACCAAUGGUAAUCACUUAGCUUCAAAUGUAUUAAGGGACUUAAAUAGUAGUAAUAAUUAUCAAUAUGGACAGAGUCCAAAUAAAAGCACUCUUGUGAUACACAGCAUUCAACGGCAACCUUCUGAAAGACUAGUCAAGGUCGAAUUAAGUAACGGCAAUUGGCAAGAGAUCGAAAGAAUCGAGCUGAACAAAGAGAACGACUUAGUGGAGAACAAAGAGGACGAAAUCAAAAAGGAUGACAGUUUGGAGCCGAAAGAUACGUCGGACAUUACAAACGGUAGUGCCAACGGGAACCUAAACGGCACGGCCAACACCAGCAACGAGAGUAAGGACAUUACAAGCGAUCUCGAGUCGUCCAAGGGAGGUGACCUCUCCAACACCGGAACUCUCCAAUCACAAGGCGAUCUAGAAUUCCGCGGAAGACCCAGGAAGCGAAGGGACUUCUUCGGAACCAUCAAGAGGAGACUUGGAAAGUCCAAGAACCGUUCCAAAUCUGCCGGUCCCGAAAACGACAUCGGCAGAGAUGACUCGCUUAACCGCUCCAUCUCUGCCGAUAGAGGCAGACACGACGACAGUUACAGACUGAACGUCCCGGGUCAGAAAUCCUUCGACGAAACAUCCAGAAGGUCCAGCUUGUCGGAGGCGUCCGGUUUGAGCAGUGCUUCCACGCGCACCUACAUAAACGAGGCGAGCACCUUGGUGCUGGAGACGUUGGAGAACGGCAUCAAGAAACACUACUUGGUACCCCUGUCCUUGGCACAGAAAUCCAAGUGGAGGAAAAAGGGAACAAAGCUGCACAUAUUCAACGACCACACCUUCGUGGCCAAGCACCUCCAAGGGGGGACUGUGUGUCAAGUAUGUGCUAAAAGCAUAGCCCGACGAUUCGGCAAGCAAGGAUACGAAUGUAGGGACUGUUUGCUUAAAUGUCACAAACACUGCCACGUUAAAGUGAACGACAAUUGUCCUACGUCCACCAUUCAUAACAUAGAACUGUCUAUGCUACCGGUUUUGAGUGAAUAAGAAGAUGGUCCUACAUCACCAAUCCGUACACCGACAAGAACAUUCGAAUGUUGUGAAGAUAAACUACUCAAGGUUACCAGGCAACCCAAUUUAAUUCAAACGGGUAGUUUAGUGUUAUUAGUAAAUAAGUUCAUUAAAGCACAAAUUGUUCGUUAGCUUACAAAGCCACUACAAAGUUAAAUCUCUUUUAUUUUAUAUACUAUUUUUUUACGUUAAAUUUAAAUGUUUUAUUUACCUACAUGAGUUAAACAAAGUAAUAUUUUUUCUUGAAUUAUUUAUUUGUAAAUAAUUGUUAAUCAACAUAUUUUUUUUUUAUUAUUAUUAUUUAUAAUUGAUUUAUUGUCAUUGUUGAUAUUCUGUAAAUUCACUAUUAUUAUUAUUAUUUGUUUUGUGUAACACGAAAAUAUUUAUGAUAUACAAACGAUAUUGCUUUAAUUAAGAUAUGUAAACAUAUUUUUGAAUGUUUUAUUUCUAUUGUCUAUGUAAGUGCCUGUACUUUGAAUAUAUAAAAAGAUCUUUCUAUUUGCUAUUAAAAUUUUAAUGGGUACACAUAAUUUUUGCCCAGAAAAGGUGUAAGUUUCAAUAUUUAUAUUAAGUAUAACUUUUGUUAGAAAGCGUCAAUGGAAAAAUAAAAUUAAUACAUUUUAA